AUGCUCGCACGAAAGAUCCCCUUCGGCGCCGUGAUAGCUUUGUGCAUCGUGUCCAUUUCCUGCUGGUACCUCUUCACAACCAUCCACCCCACGCGUUCGCAGCCGCACCACGAAGGCCAAGCCCUCAUUCCCGGAGUGUUGCAGGACUUCGUCAGUGGAAUCCGCAAGAGUUGGAAUGGCACCACCACCACCGAUCAUGGAUUGAGAGCGUUUGGACAGAAUGAAGAUUUGAUCCUGUAUGCUUAUAGUGAGAGUGAGGCGGCGCUGUACGUACACACCUUUCCUUUCUUUUCUUCCAGCAUGUACAUACAAGGGGGGAAAGAAAGGGCUACUUACUUACUUACUGAUGGAUGGAUUGGCUGAUAGGGAGAACAUCGCCUUUUUCCGCCGACACGCGCUCCAUUCCAAGGCGGAUUUCAUCUUCAUCUUCAACGGCCAGCAUACGGUCGAGACAUCCGAGCUUCGCCACCUUCCCAACGUCCGCGUGAUCGAGAGAGAGAAUACAUGCUUGGAUCUCGGAGCUUACUGGGAAGUGUUACGUGCCGACGAUUCCCGCCUCGCCAGAGCGUACAAGCGAUACAUCCUCAUGAAUGCGUCCCUGAGGGGUCCCUUCUUGCCUUCGAGUUCGCGGAGUGUGUGUUGGAGCGAUGCGUACAUGGACCGACUGGACGAUGUGACGAAAUUGGUGGGCAUGACGUGGAAUUGCGCCAAGGGGGAAGGCUUCGCGCCUCACCUCCAGUCGAUGAUCUGGGCCAUGGACGCCGUAUCUCUGAACGAGGUCAUCCUUCCCAGUCUGAGGUGCUUUGCGGAUAUGGCGGAUACGGUGGCUAAUGGGGAGUUGGUGAUUUCCGGCAAAGUCAUGGACGCUGGAUACGAUGUGGUGGCGAUGGAGGGGAGGUUUAAUUCGCACAGGCGGCCGAAAGUUGGGAGUGGCAGUGCGGGUGUGGAGGGAGGGAGUAAGAAGGAGAGUGAGACUUUUUUGGAAUGGUGUCGGGGUCCGGAGAGUCAGGAGAGUCAGGGGACUGGUGCGAGUGAUGUUCACCGGACGGGCAUGUAUGAAGGAGUGAGUAUUCAUCCGUGGGACACGAUGUGAGUGCAGUUUCUAUCGCCUUGUUGGUGCUGAUGGUCGUGCUGACCGGUGUCAUGUUACAGUUUUGCCAAGACCAAUCGUGAGUGGGAGGAGCAGGAUCGGAAGAUUAUCGAUUUACUGACGAAAUUUGCUGACGAUGAGAUGUAUUCGAGCUAUGAUCGGUGCGGAUAA